AGGAGGUAGAGACUGUGAGGUAUAUAGAUGUGGGUAAAACUGGAAUAAGGUGUUUGUGGGCAGUUUGGAUCGGAAGGGUGCGUUGUUGUUGGGUAUCGAAGAUCAAGUCAACUAAAUGGGUUUAGCUUUAACCGUUGGAGUCGUAGGGCUUCUGAUUCUGUUUCACGCCGCUUAUUUAACCAUCCGAUAUAAGGGCCUGUUGAAGAUUAUGGAGGAAGAGUUUUCAGGGCCUCCAUUCAAUGUAAUCAUUGAGCUGUCUCUUGGAUUGCUACUUUGUUUUUGGGCUGCGCUUACUGUGCCUGGCAAGUUUCUAUCCAUACACCCUCACUCUGAAGAAAACAGGAUUGUCUCUUUACCUGCCAACCUAGACUUCAUGAUCUUCAACCACCGAGGCAAGGUCUUUCCUGUUGAAAUGGAUGUGAAGCUAAAGCAAUGAGGGACUUUUGGAUCAAGUGCCUUCAUUCCUCAUAUGAGGAGGAAAUCUUUGCUCUGGAAAAUUCAAUCAGGAUGUGCAUUUGAUAUCACCAUUGGUUGAUGUAUGAGAUUUGUUGUUUCCUUUUGUAAUUUGUAGCUUAUACUUUUGUGUACUGGCCACUUGCCCUAGUAAUUUUGACAGGAUGUUGUUAAUUGAGUCAUUUAUGAAGAUGUAGCUUGCACUUUCAAC